UUAUGUUAUCAAAAAACCACCGGUCAUUUGAAUGCGAAACCACUUCGGUCCGGUUUCAAUCGCAUAACUUCGUAGUAGAUACAUCAUUGAUGUUUACGAUGCUUUGUUUAAGUGUGUCAUCUGUUGCGCUCCUGCUUGGUUUGAUGUCAAGCGGUAGCGACGCAUUAAAUCAGGCAGAAUGUGAAGUAUGUGUGAGCUUCCUGGGGAGAUUUUAUCAGUCUCUGAAAGACAGAAAUGUGGAAUUCAGCAGUGCAGCUAUUGAGAGGGAGCUAGUGAAAAAGUGCAAAGAUGCCAAGGGGAAGGAGAACAGGCUGUGUUACUACCUGGGCGCAACUGCUGAUGCGGCCACCAAAAUAAUAAACGAAGUCUCCAAACCUUUGAGCUCCCACGUGCCAGUGGGAAAGGUGUGCGAGAAGCUAAAGAAGAAGGACACUCAGAUCUGUGAGCUUAAAUAUGACAGACAAGUGGACUUGAACAUUGCGGACUUGAAGAAGCUGAAGGUGAAGGAUCUGAAGAAGAUUCUGGAGGAGUGGGGAGAGGUGUGUAAAGGCUGUGCAGAGAAGUCGGACUUCAUCCGAAAGAUCAACGAGCUCAUGCCAAAGUACACCCCCAAUGCAGCCAAGAUGCACACAGAACUCUGAUUGCUG